CAUAUUAAUUGCACUGACUUGUAGGGUCUUCAAACUGUCCUGCAGACACCUUCAUGCCACAGAACCCCGCGGUUUGCGCCAUAACUAUAUGUGAUACGGCAUCUAUGUAAUAUUAAUUAAGUGAAGGUGAGUGUGUGUCUUCUGCUGGACUUCGCUCGGAUCUGCAAGGACUAUUGAGGAUGUUUUCCACAGCUGGAAAGCGUUGUUUUACUAUUGAAUCUUUGGUAGCAAAGGAGAGCCCGAUGACUGCCGACGAACCUAUCCGGCCAACAGCGCUCAGCUACACCUCAACGCCGACCGACGGUUUCAUGAGUGGCUAUCAACAUCCAACGAGCCGGUCUCUCUAUCCGAAUCCGGAGCUGGUGUUCCCGGAGACCGUCAGCCAUCCGUCUCUCACCGUGCACCCGCACCAGCUCGGCAGCGCACACCUACAGCACCCGCACUUCUUUAGCACACAGCACCGGGAGCCUCUCAACUUCUACCCGUGGGUCUUACGUAACAGAUUCUUCAGUCACAGAUUCCAAGGAAACGACGUUUCCCAAGACGCCCUUCUCCUGCACGGGCCGUUUGCUCGGAAGCCCAAGCGUAUUCGAACGGCAUUCUCUCCGUCACAGCUCCUACGUCUGGAACGAGCUUUCGAGAAGAAUCACUACGUUGUGGGAGCAGAGCGAAAGCAGCUCGCCAACAGCUUGAGCUUGUCAGAAACACAGGUGAAAGUGUGGUUCCAGAAUCGCCGCACAAAGUACAAGCGGCAGAAACUGGAGGAGGAAGGACCUGACAACAGUCAGAGGAAGAAGGGGAACCAUCACAUCAACCGCUGGCGUCUCGCCACCAAACAGACCCCCAACGAGGACAUAGACGUCACGUCCGACUCCUAAACCCCCCCCCCCCCCCCUCUCUGCGUAGACGUCCCAACCACGAAAACCGCCCCUACUCCACCUUCCUCAACUAAAGACCAAGGACGGGCCCUAUUUAUUAUGUUAAAAUGAUUAGUGAUCUGUAAUAAUGUUUCAUGUGCACUGGAGGACUGAGUGUGUGUGGAGAACCAAGACUGAUUCUACAGGCUCUCUGCGAGCCUUCUUGUCACUGUUCAGAUAACCAGGAGACCAAUGCCACUAAAAGCACGCACGCACACACACACACUUUCUGUUUCUCUCUCGCUGCCUAUCUUUGUCUAUUUUUGUUCCUUACAACACGUUUGUCUGUAUUCUGCUAUCUUUUCUCUCUGUGCCCACAAAUUUUCAGAAAUUCUCCUGACCAAUUUAAUAAUCUGGUUGAAGAAAAUAUGCAUUAUUUCCCCUCUCAUCCACGUCCAUCCUCUGCGGGGGUACGUGAGAGCUGAUGUUUAAACAUGAUUCAAGCCUUGGAUGUCUUUGCUGACUGCAAGUGUGUGUGUGUGUGUGUGUGUGUGUGUGCGUGCAUAUUGAUGGUCAGACCGCUGCAUGUUCAUAGACUGUUUAUAGACAGCUGGGCAAAGGUCACAGUUGAAAGGUCAGCCUCUGUGUAAUCCUGACCUUUGAGUAUUUGACCUCCCUGUUUUGCACAUUGGUGUCUAAGCAGAGGGUGUCCCACGGCUGCUGAUGUGUGUGUAUGUGUUUGUUUGUGUGUGUGUGUGUGUGUGUCUGUUUGCAUGUAAAAUAUGAUCAUGAACACUUGGGCUCAGGUUCACACUUGGGUGUGUUGAGAAAAGUGAGAGCACAAGCAUAUGCUACUGUGUGUGUGAGUGUGCGUGUGUGUGUGUGUGUGUGUGUGUGUGUGUGUGUGUGUGAGUGUGCGUGUGUGAGUGCACGUGCGUGUAUCAGCCAGAGUAAAUAGGACAUGAUUGCAUGAGUGUGUGUGAGAGUGUGUGUGAAUUAUUAUUAUUAAUGAGCGAUGCUUCAUAGGAAUGUGUGUGCGCGUGUGUGUGUGUGUUUAUCUGGAACAUUAGCCAUCCUUGGUUCUCACACGGUGAAAUAUUUGCCAACAAAUAUCUAAUGAAUUUUCCAGAACAAAAGUUGUAAAAACAA